UGCGCAUGCCCAGAAGGUAAAGCGACCCGGAGAGAAGAGAAAGGGGGCAAGCCCGCGCUAUGCUUCCGGUUCCGGUUAGAAAGCCGCCUGGCUUUUUUCUUUCUCCCGCCAUGCUCUUCCUCCUGGGACUCUUCGCCAGCAUCUUCCAGGCAGCUUACACAGGAGUGAACGAACGCACCUUCCUUGCCAUCAAACCUGAUGGGGUCCAGAGGCAUCUGGUGGGAGAGAUCAUCUGGAGGUUUGAGAAAAAGGGCUUCAAGUUGGUGGCUAUGAAGCUCGUGCAGGCCUCAGAAGACUUGCUGAAGGAACAUUACAUCUCUCUCCGUGAACAUACUUUCUAUCCCCGCCUGAUAAAAUACAUGAGCUCAGGGCCUGUUGUGGCCAUGGUUUGGCAAGGGCUGGAAGUAGUGAAGGCCGCUCGCACAAUGAUAGGAGAAACAAAUCCAGCCGAUGCAAAGCCUGGAACAAUUCGGGGCGAUUUCUGCAUUGACAUUGGCAAGAAUGUAAUUCAUGGGAGCGAUUCUGUAGAAAGCGCCCAGCGAGAGAUCUCACUGUGGUUCGAGCCAAAGGAAUUGACUUGUUGGGAAGACACCGCAGAGCACUGGAUUUACGAGUGAAAAGCAAAGCGCGAGUAUUUGAAACAUCGCCUUUUCAGCUCUCUUCUGGGUGCUAUCCAAACUGUUCCAGUUUCUCUAGGAUUUUAAUGAGUCAAAUGCAUAAAGAGAGAUCAGAGGCAAAGGAAAAAACCUUCAAUUUAAAGGAUAGUAAUGUGUAUUCCUCCAUAGCUUCCAUUGCAGGGUAGCACUAUUUAGCUCCAGCCAAAACAUCUGAAGAGCACAGGGAAAUGGGUGGGUUUCCCUAUGUGAAGUGGACUCCAUAUACUUUAUGAUUCCCAUCUUUUACCAUUGGCUCUGCUGGCUGAGCUUUGGGGAAUUAAAUGGAGACUUGCCUUCUUUUCCAUCUAUUUAAAUGCAACACUGAAGUCUAAUCUUUAUGCUAAAAUAAUAAUACGUUUAUUUGUACCCCGCCACCGUCUCCCCAAAGGGACUCGGUGCGGCUCACAGGACUUCAAAGUGCCGCACAUAAAACAAAGUGAUGAAAUUAA